AUGCAUUUCGAAGACGAGGACUAUUAUUUGUAUUUGCUAACCACUGAAGAUUUUCGUCCGGAAGCUCUCGAAAGUCUAAAACUGCACAACAACGAGGAAGACGAGGAAAUGACGAAAAACGAUGAGACGAAGCCGCAGAAUCCGUUGAAAGCCGCCAAAAUGUCGCUGAAAAUUCGAAGAGCGCUGAGAUAUUUUGCCGAUUCGGCGAAUGCUAGAGAGGUUUCUGAGAAAUUUGCUGCAAAAUGACUGUAAAUAUGGGCGGUUUGGUGGAAAAUCUAUUUUUUCGUGGUUUCUGCGGCGAGAAAUUGUGUAAACUUGCUGUAAAUUGUUAAAAUUCAUGUAUUUUCGCUGCGAGACCCGGAAAUCAUGGAUUUUUUGGGUUUCGAAGCGAAAAAGAAUCAAUUUUCGUUGCGAGAUCAUGAAAACCUGGAAUUUGAAGGUCUCGAAGCGAAAAUUGACCGAUUUUCGCUGCGAGACCCGGGAAAUGUGGAUUUUCAAGGUCUCGAAGCGAAAAUUGAUGUUUUUUUACUGCGAGACCCAGAAAACGUGGAUUUUCUUGGGUUUCGAGGCGAAAAAUCAUCUAUUUUCGCUGCGAGACCUGAAAAAUCGCAAUUUUUCGGAUUUUCAGCAUAUUUACAGUCAUUUUAAAGCAAAUUCCAUGCUGAAAAUCAUAAAAAACCUAUUUCCAACCUGAAAUCUAAUUUCAGAUAAUCCUUCUCGGUCGAAAAGCUCUCGAAGAUUCGCCCAACUCGGAAAUCCGUCCAAUUUUCGCCGAUCCCACAGAUCCACUCUCAAGAAUCGCCUCAAAAUCCAACAAAUGCGGACUUUUCGCAACUCGACCCAUCAAAGCCAACGAAUUUAUUCUGGUUUCAAUUGAGGCCUUUCUGGCGAGCCCGGAAGAAGUUGGGCGAAAUACGAGGGGCCGGAUUUUGCACGGUGUUUCGUUGUAUCAGGGAUUGAAACAUGAUUUCGGGUUUUUUGAUGUUGUUGAGGUGCCGAAAGAGGAGAGGAAGAGAAAACGACGAAAUUCGGUGGCUCGUUUUGAACCAGCUGUUAAACGAGGGUAAAAAUUGGAUUUUUCGUGGUUUUCUGAUCGUUUUGAGCUGAAAUUUGACUGGAAUUCAUGGUUUUCAGCAAAAUUGUCAUCAAAAAUCGAUAAUUACCUUCAAAAUGAUGCAAUUAUUGAUUUUUGUUGAAAAAUUGUUUGAAAAUCGUAAAUUCCAGCUCUAGAAGCUAUAUUUGCCUGAAAAUCUCAAUUUCUAGCCAAAUUUUCAGUCAAAAAUCGAUAAUUACCUUCACAAUGAUGCAAUAAUGAUAUCUGAUUGGAUUUUCAGCCAAAAAUCUGGAAAUAUCCGGUUUUCUGACUGAAAAUCCAACUAGAGAGCAUUAUUGCAUCAUUUUGAAGGUAAUUAUCGAUUUUUGACUGAAAAUUUAACUAGACAUCGAGAUUUUCAGCCAAAUAUAGCUUCUAGAGCUGAAAUUUACGAUUUUCAAAUAAUUUUUCAUCUAAAAAUCAAUAAUUCUUUGGAAAAUGAUGCAAUUAUUGAUUUUUGGAUGAAAAUUUGUUUGAAAAUCGUGAAUUCCAGCUCUAGAAGCCAUAUUUUGCUGAAAAUCCCGAUUUCUAGUCAAAUUUUCAUCUGAAAAUCGAUAAUUACCUGCAAAAUGAUGCAAUCAUGCUCUCUAGCUCGAUUUCCAGCCAAAUUUCCAGAUUUUUGGCUGGAAAUCGAGCUAGAGAGCAUGAUUGCAUUAUUUUGCAGGUAAAUAUCGAUUUUUGACUGAAAAUUUGGCUAGAAAUCGAGAUUUUCAUCCAAAUAUAGCUUCUAGAGCUGAAAUUCACGAUUUUUAGCUCCAAAAAUCCGCAUUUCCUUUGCAGACGCGGCGAAUCCGCAUCCUUUCCGCUUCCGGCAACCUCCUCUUCAAAUUCGGAAGACGACGAAGAAGAUGAGGCGAGCAUCUUCGAGAAAUAUAUUAUGUGCGUGGAUUUCCGCACGGCAUGCGCAAAAUCGCAAGCGAUUCGCCGCAAUUGCCGACCAAAUUGUAUUAUUCAAUACGUUUUGUUGGAUCAGCGAAUGGAGAUUUUCAUCACGGCGAUUCGCGAUGUGGAAGAGAAUGAGGAGGUUGGUUUUCUAGGCCACGCCCGGAAAUUUGACGAUUUUUGAGUCAAAAAUCAUGAAAAUUGAUGAAUUUUCACCUAAUUUGGUUUUCUAGGCCAUCAGUUGGUUUUCUAGGCCAUGAUAAUUAAAUUUAUCGAUUUUUGAGUCAAAAAAUGAUAAAAAUUGAUGAAUUUUGGUUUCCUAGGCCACCAAAAUAUUUUCUAGGCCAUUUGUUUUUGCAGCUGACAAUUGCACACGAUUUCGACUACUUUUAUUCGACCAAAAUGCUCAAUUGUGCACACUAUUUCGACGCGCACAAUUUGUGCGAGGCUGAGGUAGGUCCAGAAAACUAGGCCUGAUUAGUAGGCCUGAAAAUUUGGGAUUUUUUGAGUCCGAACAAGCCUAGGCUUCUCAGGCUUGAAACUAGGCUUUUAGGGCCUGAAAAUAUAUGCUCCACAUUAGGCUUUUCAGGCUCAUUUUUAAGCCUAAACAAGCCUAGAAAACUAGGCCUAAAAUAUAGACUUUUCAGGCCCAUAGGCUCAUCUAUAUUCAAAAUAUCACAAAAUCUUCAUUAAUCCACUUCAAUAUCGAACCCUUGCGGCUCUUUCCGCACGCUGCGCAUCUUUCCGCUGUUCCGCAUCGGCCGGUCCCCAAUUUCCGGCCGGGCGGAAAAGUACAGCCAGCGGUUCGCGAUUUUUUCGACGCAAAAUUUCUUCGCGCAAAAAAUAGGCGAAAACGAAGAUGAUUGCGGUGAACAUCAUCAUCCAACCGAGCCAAUUUAGCGGAAAUUCGAUUUGGAAAAAGCGAUUGCGACGUUGAAGGGUGAAAAUGAUGGCGAAGAACAUGCACUGCAAAAAAUUGAGUUAUGACGUGGUAUUUUGAGCCUAAAUUUGGUAUAGGCUAGGCCUGAGAUAGGCCUAGAAUUCGAUCUAGAUUAAGCCUGAAACUGGGCCUUAAAUCAUGCCUAAACGGGCCUGAACUUGCUUAAUUUGAAGCCUUUAAACCAUGCCUAGAAUGGGCCUAAAAUUGUUCAAUUCAAAGCCCUGAAGCCUGGCCUAAAAUUUCUAAAUUUAAAGCCUAAAGCCGGGCCUUAAACUAGGCCUAGAAUUGUUCGAUUCAAAGCCCCUAUUAGGCCUAAAAUUGUCUGAAAAAGCUGAAUUCAAAGCCCCAGAAGCCUAAAAUCCACCUAAGCCUAACAAAGCCCAAGGCCCAAAAAAAACCUAAAAACCGGGCCUUAAACCAUGCCUAAACGGGCCUAAACUUGUUUGAUUUAAAGCCUAACACCGGGCCUAAAAUUGUCUGAAAAACUGAAUUCAAAGCCCUAAAAGCCUGAAAUCCACCUAAGCCCAAGGCCCAAAAAAUAGCCUAAAAUCUAAUUUUUCAGAUAAAUCGCCGCAAUACAAUUCAAAGAUUUGUCGACGCUGCAAAAGAGCAACGAAAUGCUCCAACAACGAGCCAAAAUUUAUGA